AUGAAUACUUUGGCAGAUUAUGGAGACGAAAGUGAUGAGGAAUCGCCCCGACGACGCUCAUUUCACGCAGAGAUAAGUAAUGGCUUAGGUGAAGUGCCAGCCCCUGCUGUUUCUCAAGCACCCGCUGAAGAUUCUCCGAAAGCACGACAAACGGAUUCUGACCAUUCGCCCCCACAACGAAGAGAUUCGGAUGCUAUGUUUGACGACGACAUGAUGUUUGAUGAACCGCGUCGAUAUGCGUCAUUUAGCGAUACUAGUGAUCGUAGCGAAACCAAUGAAUUCCGAGAGCCGCCGCCACCAAAACGGAGAGAAUUGCACUCACCUUCACCCUCCAUUCCGACACCCUCAUCAAAAAUGCAUGAAGUCUCUUCUGCCUUAUCAUUGGUUUCCUACGGGGAUAGAGAGGAGUAUAAAGAAGAUGCCUUCGAGCGAGCUGAUCGUGACGCAGAACAUGCUCGAAGUCCCUCUUCGCCCCCUUCAGGAAUGGUUGAACCUCGUCCUCCAGAACGUGUCAGUCAGAAAAGUGACACUGAUGAUGAAAACGAACGCCUUAUCGAUAUGGCCCUCGAAGAAGGGCGGCAUGCUCUGAGACAGGUCGAGGACGGGGCAUCAACGGGAUCUGGUGGAUGGACUCCACGUCCUUAUGACAGCCCGUUACAUGGUAUGGAUGUCGACUCUGAUACUAAGCGGAUUGAUACACCCCCUCACCAAGACGUCAGUAUACCACCGCCGCCGACAACGGAAUGUGAUCCUGAAUUAAUACAAAUCUUCUAUAAGCACUUCGAGCGCAAAGCUGCUGGCAUUGAUGUAAAUAUUUCGGUUCAGGAACGGAAGGAUUUUCAGAAUCCAUCUAGCUAUGAACAGUUAAUUCUUAAUUUUGGGAUCAAUGAAGUCGCGACUUUACUUCAUCCUCGGUUGCUUACGGUGGAUUAUCCCCGGUGUUGUCGCUACGAAAAAAUCGCUGAAGAUCAGCGGAAAUAUAUGGAAAGCUUGAACGCAGCGAAGAACGCCUCAAAACACGCGUCCGGUGGAACGAAGAACGCGGCAGCAUCUGCGAAAACCUCUUCAGGAGUACUGAAGCAUACAGCAGGGAGUCAUUCAUCAUCAGCAGCUUUGAAGAGGAAAUAA